UCCUUUAGCCAACCCUAAUUUUCCUUAUUCAACUCUUCUUAGUUCACACUUUUUCAUUUUUGUUACUUCUCUCUCUCUCUCUUUGUCUUUUUAUAUCUCUUUCUCUCUCCAACUCAUUUUCUUCUUUAUCCUUGUCCUUUGUCUUCUUCAUACGCAACCCCAUUACCAUUAUCAGUUGUGUGUUGUUGACCUGACUAUCUGAUCAACAACACCACCAUAGAUCCAACAACAACUCAAUCCUCUCCACCAUCACUUCAUUCAUGAAUUAAUCCACACAAAGAAAAGAAGAAGAAAAAAAUUGUAUCCCAAAUCCCAAAGUGGCUGAAGAUUAUUAUAAAGUGGAUCAAAGACAUGGGAAGAGGCCUCUUCCAUCCAAUGAAUCGGAGAAGAAAGCGAAAGAAGAAGACGCAGAAUAUGAAGAAGAUGAAGAUGGACACAUCUUCCCUAUCUACUCAGCUCGAUCCCAACACGACUUGACAACCAUGGUCUCAGCUCUCACUCAAGUUAUUGGAAACACAAACACCACUUCUCAGCAAACCCCACUUCAUCAUCAUCCCUUCCAUGCCUCAUCUCAAUCCACUGUGGCCGAUCAACCUAACCAAUCUCAACCCAGUCAAGAUCAAGGUACCCAGAAGAAGAGACACUAUAGGGGAGUGAGGCAAAGGCCUUGGGGCAAGUGGGCAGCAGAAAUUCGUGAUCCGAAGAAGGCAGCGAGAGUCUGGCUUGGCACAUUUGAAACCGCUGAAGGAGCAGCACUUGCUUAUGAUGAGGCAGCUCUCAGAUUCAAAGGCAACAAAGCUAAGCUCAACUUUCCUGAAAGGGUUCAAGGAAGGACUGAGCUCGGUUACCUUACCACGCGUCAAGACUUGCGUUUUGUUCCUCCUCCUCUUCCCCCGCCUCGUCCAUUUCUAUCUCAAGAACCCUAUCCAGAUCUUCUUCACUAUGCACAACUUCUUCAUAGUGGUGGUAAUGUUAUCAACAAUGGUGUUUCGGGUUUUUAUCCUAGAGGAGUACCAUUUGUUUCUCAGUCUUUGACUACUUCUACUCAUUCUGCUCCGCCUUCAACAACUUCUCACCAUCAACAAGGAGAUGUUAUAAGUUUUUCAUCGCAGUUUGGAAGUUCUUAUUCUACUUCUGAUGAUGAUCCUUCAAGGAAUUGGCUCGACUUUGAUACCAACCACUCAAGGUGAUCUAUGGUUUUAAAAAAACAGUAUCGGGAUAUGAUCUAUGGUUUUAAAAAAAACAGUAUCGGGAUAUGUUUCAUAUGGACUUCGCAGCAGUGCAGUGCAAUAUCUCAUGUAAGUUGUUUGUUAUUUUCAUUACAAGCUUAAAAAACUCUUUAGUUAAUCUUUUUUUUAAUAAGUUUAGGCUGUGUUUUGUUGAGAGAUUUGGGAAGAAAUUUGGAAAGAAAAAAGAAAAAGUAGGUGAAAUGUGAAUAAAAUAUACUUACAUUUUAUCUAGUUUUACGCACUUUUUCCGUUUUUCUUUCCAAAUUCGUUCCCAACUCUUCCAACCAAACAGUUUCAAGGAGUGUUGGUUUGAUGAAAUUUCUAAUACAUAGAAUGAUGUAAGGAAGUGUUGGAAUUUUAUAUGUUAAAAGUCUCUAUAUUUAGUGUCAAGAUAAUGACUCCAUUGUGUUUAACACUUGCAAAUC